UGCGUCUUACGUCAUGACGCACCUUCGCCAUCAGCUGUUGACAGUCUCAGCUCUUUCCAAUUUCGACCUCCGGCAACCUAACAUGUUUUUUCGCCGGUUCUCCUCCAUCACCGUGGCCCGUUUUUGAACUCCCAUGUUCUUUUGUUGACCGCCUGCUAACGGAGCAUAUGCUGCCACUGCCAUGAGUGCUUUGUGUCGCCUGAUCCGGAGAGGAGUGCUGAGCGGCCGGCCGCUGUGUCAUUCAUUCCCCGGGCAGCAGCAGCAGCAGCAGCGUGUCGGCGGGGCGGCUGCAACGGUUCGAACCGUCAGCUCAGCCAGCCCAGUCAACUUGACCUAUGAUGUCUUCGACGGGAAGGGAGGGAGCACUCCUCUGGUGUUUCUUCAUGGCCUUUUUGGCAGUAAAUCUAACUUCCACUCUAUAGCCAAGUCCUUGGUUCAGCGUACAGGACGGAAGGUGCUGACCGUAGAUGCCCGUAACCACGGCAACAGCCCUCACAGCCCUGUGAUGUCUUAUGAAAUGAUGAGCGAGGAUCUGAAACACCUCCUCACCCAGCUGCACAUCGAGAAGUGUGUCCUCAUUGGCCACAGCAUGGGAGGGAAGACGGCCAUGACGACCGCACUCAUGCAGCCCAGUUUAGUGGAGAGCCUGGUGGUGGUGGACAUCAGUCCAGCCCAGACCACCACACGCAGGACGUUCCGUAAUUACAUCCAAGCAAUGCAAGAGAUAAAGAUCUCUAGUGACAUUCCUCGUUCCACUGCCAGGCGGAUGGCUGAGGAUCAGCUACGCAGUUUGGUCAAGGAGCGCUCGGUCCGUCAGUUCCUGUUGACCAACCUCGUGGAGCUGAACGGACACUACGCCUGGAGGGUCAAUAUGGAGGCCAUCGCCGCUCACCUCGACACCAUCAUGAGUUUUCCCAGCUUUGACACAGUCUACGAGGGACCCACGCUGUUUUUAGGUGGAGCCAGCUCGGCUUAUAUCAGCUCCGACGAUUACCCAGAAAUCCAGAGGCUGUUCCCUUAUGCCGACAUCCAGUACAUUCCGGAUGCGAGCCACUGGAUCCACGCGGACAAACCCUUAGACUUCAUCAGCUCCAUCAGCUCCUUCCUUCAGUCCUAGCUGCCUCCUCCCGUAUCUACACCUCAGAACUUUUUUUUUUAACGUCAAGCACCCCGAGAGCGUCCAGCUCACUGCGAAGGUGAGACUUCAGCAGCUUCAGGCGAAGCGAGCAGAGCGGGGGUGAUUAAUAAUGCCGAUGUUUGCAGAACACUGGACCAAACUUGCUCUUUUACAGCCAGUUCUUACCUUUCAACAGUGUCAAAUUACAGUAUGUUAUGUGUAGUUUAGUGUUGUGUAGUGUACACGGUGGUUGUUGUUUUUUUUCACUGUCUUUAACAGACGGUAGUGUUACUAGGUGUGUUUUCAUUGUUUUUGUUUUUCCUUUUACUUGGUGGACAGAGAUAUCUCAUAUCUGGGCUGUUUUGGAGGUGAUACACUCAUCCAAAGAAAAGCUCAUUUGCACUGUACUUCCUUUAUGUUGACACAUGUAUGCCAGUAGUAUGAGAGUAGAACUGGAUUUAGGCCAUGUACAAUCUGCUGGACCAGAAGCAAGAGAGUCGGAUACGAAAGAAACUAAUACAUGGAAAGAAGUUUGCUCUUUCCAUACAUCAGAAGGUUGGAGCAAAGUGGCUGAAAUAUCAGCUUCAUAUACACUGUAUGGAUGUUUUCUUCUUGAAAUUUGAUCCAAUGGCAACAUCCAUUAUUUUUAUCUGUAACUAAUUCAAUUUAAUCUGUGUUACUGGUAUGUGUGCGUGUGUGUGAAGGAUGAGAGUCGUAGGAUGGUUACUCUGUUUUGACUUGAGCUUAUUCAAGAGCACUGGUUAUGUUUCUAUGCUCACGCGAUCCUCUGUGACAACCAAGCUGAAGCGCUCCCAAGCAGUAUUGUUGUAUUUUAUUUCCUGAAUCUCUCAGGUUACGACUGGAUGUGCUAUUUAUUAUACUCCCUUAUACUACUCUUCUGUCUGUCCGGCAUUAAGUCGCGGUAACGAUGUUGUGUGUCUGUGUGUUUUGGUCGGUCUAGUUGAUGUUUUUAUGAAACGCGUUUUAUUGAUUUAUUAUCCGUAUCCAACUUAGGAGCAAGGCUAAUGUAUAGGGGUAUAUCUCACAAAUAUAUGCUGCAAAUGAUUUAUAAUGUUCUGUAACCAUUAUUGUGUUCUGGUAUUUUCUGUUUCCAAUGGGUUUUGAAUAAUAGAACAGUCCAGUAGUGAAACUGCCAUCAGUAGGAAUAAGCAGGGUGUUGUAAAAUUUGUAUGGGCCUCUUUUGCCGAGAGCUACUUUUCCAUUUACGUAAACAACUUGAAAUGAAAAGCAUUUUAUUCUGAAGUUUAGAGUGUCAGCUGUUCUGCUUGACCUUUUUCCCAAGGGGAUAUCCCCAUGUGAAACUAGAUGUUUGCUACGGUUAGUGUUUCAUGUUUGUUUUAUGUGAAUUUAGCCCUGUAGACGACAGGGCUUUAAAUCAUCCUUCUUUAAGUAACACUCUAGUAGUUGGAGAAGCAUCCUGUCUUCCUCUCCUCACCCACAGCAGUCAGGAGGGUGUGGUGGUGGUGACACAUGAAAGCACAUCCUACUUUAUGCCCGUGUGGCAUUACAACGCGACAAAAACAUGUUGAAAGGGAAACUCUGCUUCGGCAAACGAGAAACUCAAAUGCAUUCGUUUAACAUUGGAAAGCAAAGUUUCAAGAUGGUAGUUGUAUGACAGGGAAUGUAUAUGUUUCACUGUUGGCAUGUCCUUUUGGUCUCUGUUUGCUCCAACAAUGACACUCAUUCUAUAUUGUGGCAUAUAUAUAUAUAUACAUUUUAAAUGUGUGAAAAAUGUAUAUAUAAAUAUAUAUAUAUAUAUAUAUAUACAAGUGGAUUAUAUAUAUGACUGAAAAUGUAUAAUAUACAAUAAAAUGACAACAGUU